CAUGAUCAAAAUGGCGCCCCAAUCCGAGAACCAGAUGCUUGAUCUUGCCAGGAGUAUACUGUCCAUCACCGGAGACAUCGUCAAAGAAUUGGAAACGACGGGAGUGCCAGUGCCACAUUUCGCACCAGAGUCUUCGGAUGUUCCCAUCACAGAUUCAUAUAUACGCCUCCGGAAUAGCCUCAAUGAUGCUGCUGGAGAUCUUUUGCUUCUAGUGAACGGGCCCCAGGCGCACACUCGACAACUUCUCGCCUCUCACCAUGACUUGGCCGCUUAUCAGAUAGCUUUUGCGUACGGCGUGUUCGCCGCUGUACCCGAAGGCUCUCCCAUCACUAUUACGAAACUCGCUCAGAGCGUUGGCCUCCCUGACGAUAUACUGAGGCGGGUCCUGUAUGUUUUGUGCACUCAGAGGGUAUUCGAGGAAAUCGAAAAGGACGUAUUCGUGCACACACACGGGAGUGUUGUGUUUGCAAGAGAUCCACAGCUCCGAGCGGCUGCAGAGUAUCAACUUGAAGAAUUUUUGAAGGCAGCGGGAAGCGCUACCACAGCGCUGAGAAAUGGUAGCCAAAGCCCAUUCCAUGAAGCAUUCGGGAUGCCUCUUUUCCAAUAUUACACGGAGAACCCGAACCUGGGCGCUCGCUUUGCGUCUGCGAUGGCUGGAAUUGCGAAAUUGGAUCGCCAAACGUCUGAGAUAUGGAAUGGAUAUUCAUGGUCUGAUCUUGGGGAUAAGCAGGUAGUUGACAUAGGCGGCGGAAGUGGUCACGUCAGCAUUGCUCUAGCGGAUAAAUAUCCCAACUUGAACAUUACUGUACAAGAUGGUAAUCCCGCCAUGUUUGCUCACACAUCCAAACAAGAAUCAGGACCAGUGAAAGAGGGCCGUGUGAAAUUCAUACAGCACAAUUUCUUCAAUCCGCAGCCGAUUAAAGGUGCAGGCGUCUACCUACUUCGGCAGAUCACUCAUAAUUGGAGCGAUGCCGACUGCGUCAAGAUUUUGCGAGCCAUCGUACCAGUCUUAGAACCGAGUACUUCGCUGCUGAUUAACGAUACAAUCAUGCCAGAACACGGGGCGCGUACUCGGUACGAAGAGAGAAGCUUGAGGCAAGUUGACAUGAUGAUGUUCGUUGCUUUAGGCGCUAAGCAGCGCACUUUGCAAGAUUUCAGAAACCUUUUACACGCGGCGGAUCCACGAUUACAGGUAUGCCGCACUAUCCAUGCUGAAGGGUCUAUGGGUCUUAUCGAGGUGCAGCUGGGAAAUAGAUGA